AUGGAUGAGUUGGAAGACCACACAGCGUUGUUUUGGGCGUCAUGCAAGGCUCUAUCUCCGUCGCCGUUUGCUAUGGCGGAGGGGUACAGCCUCACGCAUCUUAUGAAUGCCCUGGCUGUGAUGGAUCCUAUGAUGGACGCAGGUAUGGACUAUCCACACCACCGCCUCCCUGCGAAGGAAAUGUCCACAAAGGUGUUUAUGUCCUACCCGAAUGAGCUCUCUGUGAAAGACUUGUGUUGGAUAUUCGACCGACUGAUGGCGUGUGAGAUGGAAUGGUUACGUGGUGCUGCGCUUGGGCAGACUAUAUAUACAUGUACCUACUUUCAUGAUCACGUAUUCCCUGGAACGACACCCUCGAAUCACUGGAGCUACCAAGUCCUAUCGACCUACGUCCUCGCCUCCGUGAAAUGCUGCGCCAUGCAAUGGCACGAAUUGUCGCAUGGCCGUGUGCUCGACGGUGAGGACUAUUCUGGUGAUCUGGGUGGCAUUGACUUGCCUGACGGCGUGGAUGUCUAUGCAUUGGCGUCCCAGCUGGACAAGGCUUGUGCCGUCGUUCAAGCUCAUACCGACGGCGCCGAUGUUUCUCUUUUCACGCGUCUGCUCUUCCGGAAAAACUGGCUUUUGUGUCUGCAUGCGUUUAUGCAGGAGGUCUGCGAUCCUGUGGAAGCAGGGACUUUCUUAGAUGAAUGUGCCAAGCAGUGGCGAUCCCUGCACCACGCGGAAGCACCGAACCUUUUGCCACUGCAGGAGCCCGCAUUGCAGGAGGCGCCAACGCACUUGCAUUACUUUUUCCACAUCACUCUCAGCCGCAAGUUUUCCUCGCACAUCCCGCUGCGUCCCCUCCCGCUUCCUGAGGCGGCGCCAGUUUGGGAAUGGUGGAAUCACAUCCUUCUUACGCAGAUGCCGCUUCUGCUUCGGUUCCUGGCCAGCUCGAAUGUCAUGACAUGGAACACCUUCUUGGCUUGCACGUUUGGGCUGUACCAAUCGCAUGAAAAAAUUCCCUUGGUGCGCUCCCUGUUGCAGGGCUUUAUAUCGAAUGGCCACACCUCAGCUGGCGGCACUCGGCCGCUGGAGCACCUAUCGCACUGCCUCGUGGAAGAGCUAAGUGGCAUUUGCGUGGAAGAUAUGCUUGUUCAACUCGAAUGGUAUCAGCAAAAGCAUACAUCGUCUCGUGUGGCCACCGACACAACACGCUUCCUCUAUCGUUUUGCUGGUCUCUUUGCACAAUCCCUUUCGAUCAUGGGCAGCAAUCAUCCGCGCCAAAAACGUCAGCUCAGUAAAGGCUAUGCAAUCUGGGCGGACUUGAUGGACGAUGCUGCGAAUCUCGGUGGAGCCGUCGCCCAAGCGCUUCCGGGUGUGCCUCCGCAUGUCUUUCUGGCACCAGUCCAGUUCGUUAUGUUGUCCAACAUGUGGCGCUCCAUCGGAAUGGGCUUUGAUUUGGCAUUGUAUCAUGACGAAGAGAAAGCCGUGAUGUACUGGCUUCUCGCGCAGGUAUACGAAGAGCACCGCAUUUUGGCCGACAAGUUCGUCGAGUCACCAGGCCUUGUGUGUAUGCGUCACUUUGUGCAAGCGCGUAAACAUAUCUGCCUAGCAUACUCUUUGCUUUUCCUGUUGAAGCAUGAUGGAGGCGAUACCGAUUAUGCGCGGGCCGUGUUCCGCAGUCGUGUAAAGUGGCUCAAACGUCCAGCAUGGUGCGCCAAAGCGCGACUUCGUCUUGUGUCGACCCAGGAAGCCCAGGAUGUGCACCAACUGUGGCAGGAUUGGCGCACGUUUGCCUCCCUGUCAGCGGUACGUACUAGCACGAGCCACGAGUCCGUGGACCUCCACACCGACACGACUACGCUGCGCGUUUUGCUCUUGCAGCAGCUUCAGGCAGCUACACGGCAUUCUCGCGAGUUGAUCAAGCUUCGUGUCCACGAUCCAUGGAUCGCCUUAUCUCGUCGCGAGCAGUGUGCUUUGGACCAAGAGCUGUUCAAUAUCAGCGUCUCACUGAGCGCAUGGAUUCGACAACAUACGUCGUUGCCUUCGCUGUCCACGUGGACACCUACCAAGCAUCCAUGGUUCCCCGCGCCUAUGGAACUAUCGCUGUACCACGGUACGGACGUAGCCUAA